AUGGAACAGGAAGGGUAUAUAUUGACGUUGAGCCUGCUGAGCUUCUUCGGCGUCUACGACGGAGACAUCCUGCAUCGAAGCGUCUUGCAAGCGGGAUGUCAACUCAAGGAACCAGCAAAUCGACAAGCCAGAGAAGGUCUGGACUCGGAGUUGAAUACCAUCGUGGUACUGGGCACGUCGGAGUUUCUUUCCACUCUUCGGUGUCUUUCCCACCAUCGGCCGCAGCAACCGGCUCUUCGUGUUCCCAGGUUACCAUUUGGCUUCAACGAUCGAGCCAUCAGCCAGGAAUCGGCGAGGGACCAGGAUACCGCAUGGCUUUUCGAUGUCCUCGAACAGGCAACGGGAAGCGACUCGCCUCUUUCAAACACCAACACAAUGGAAGCGCCUGGCUGGAGAACCAAUUACUCGUUCCUCUUCCUCUUCCCCACACGCCGAUUCGUGGUGUGCCUUACAUGGCAUCGGUGCAUUCGCACAUGCAGUCUCGCCGUCCACUGA